AAGACAAAGACUGUGAUGAAGACAAGAGAACGUCAAAGUCCAAGAGUGAGAAGGAAAGUUUAAACACAAAGUCACAUUCAUCAUCAAGCAGUAAGGAUAACGAUGCUAAUAAAAACAAAGAUGACAAGAAAAGCAGUUCUAGCUCGCAAGUGAAAUCAAAAUCUGAGCCAAGGACUGAUAAAGAUUCAAGCAAAAUGAAAAUUCCGAAGGCAUCUGACUUGAAUAAAAUCGUAAAUGGUAUUGAUUCGGGAUCCGGUAUCAGCUUUAAAGAGGCACUAGGGCUGUGUGGGCCCCCGAUGCAUAUGAAAGGUGCUUUUAGUAACAAGAAGAGGAGCCUCGAAAAAUCUGGGAAUACGAAGGAACAAGGCGGCUCUUCGAGACCGACUAAACGGGAGAGUAGCGAGGAAAGAGAACCAUUGCCCUUGAAGAGCGAUUUCAAUGAGACUGUCGAAGAAGUAAUGGUCAUUACAUAUUCCAAAACAGCCGCAGCUGGAACCCUUGAAUAACAUGUCUAUUCUACUACCAGGGAUAACAGGAAACUGCAGGCCUUUUGGUUCACAACUGAUCAGCCAACAAAAACGUUCCGAAAGAAUGACUGAUGAUGAGGCACUUACUAGGGUGAUGACAAACAAAAAUUAUAGGACCAAAGUAUAUUCUGGAAAUAAAAUGUCUGGGAAAGUGGAUACUCUAUCCGGUCUCUGUGCGACGAUAUUACAAGAUAAUAUUGAUGCAUUAGGGUACACUGGAGGUGUUGCUUACUUAUUUCUGAAACCGGUGUUGGAAAAAGCAACUCCCGAUCAAUUGCUAAAUGUGGAGUAUCAUAAUCCAUACUUAAUCGAGGAAACUGAUGAAUUGUGGCAGUUGUAUUGCGAGAAGGAAUUUCGUACUAAGAAAAGGGAAGAGCUGGAAUCUUGGAGAGAAAUGUACAUGAGGUGCUUCGAAGAGAGAGCUGCUAGGUUGAAGGCGACUACUGCUAACAUAAGACAAGCUCAAGAAAGAUUAGUACCAGUUAGAACUACAAAGCUUGCUUAUAUUGACAGCGUUGUUAAGCCGCCUAGGAAUAUAGCCAGAAAGCAGGCUAAGAACGGUAUCGUACCCGAAAAGAACUCCUGCAGAUCGAUUAGCACAAUUAGAGAAAACUGGCGAAACAGCGAAGGUUGCAAUACCUGAUUCUGGAACGAGAGUCGCAGAAAGAUCCAGUAAGUAACCCUUUGAUGAUCAUUAAAAAAAAUCAAAACCUUGCACUGAUCAAAUUUCCACUCGCUACAACGAUGGCCGGGUGAUUAUACAAGUUAGUCACAAAAAUUGUAUUCAACAGUACGCUCUUUAUUUUGAAAAUAUGUUUAUUCCUACAGGGUGAGUCAUAGUUACGUGGAGGCCCAAACAUACAUUUUUUUAAACUAAAAGACCUACAUUUUUUUUUUGUUGAAAUA